AUUGGAUGGCGGGCAAUGGGGUCCAGACCGUUCAAUCCUCCAGACCAUUGGGACCUCUCUGAUGGUCCGACCAGAACCUUAGGCAGUAGCCGAAACCUCUGGAAUAUCUGUUGAAUUCAAUCCUGUUCUUGUUCCUUACACUGGGCCACUGUCGUUGACGUUGAGCUUAGACUGAGAACACCCCCACCCCCACCCCCACCGCGCCCCCCACCCCCCCAGAAAAAAACAACACACUCUCUCUUUCUCUUCUCUCCCCUACCUCAGUGCAGGAUGUUACGAGCUUCUUCUCAUCUACCGCCGAUAGCGUCUCCGGCCUUCUGUGCCCUCCGGCUCUCUUUCAUCCCCACUCUGAACUUCUCCUCACCCGCCGGCACCCACGAAUCCUCCAUUUCUUCUCCUCUGCGGGGCCUUCUCUCGAAGACCCACUUGCCCAAUUCGUCUUACCUCCCUACUCCUCCUAGCUCGAAGCUGGUGGGCCCGCCUAUGUCGGCUCGCACCCGCCCCAGAGGACCAGGUCUAUCGGCUUCGUUUAGUUCUUACUCGAGCUCGGGAAGCCCCGGUGGCGGGAGGGAGAUACUGGUGCAGCACUUGCUUGUCAAGGAAGAUGACCAGAAGCUCCUCCUGGAGCUUCAGCAGAAAGUCUCUGCAGGAGAGGACUUGAGUGACCUCGCUGUGGAGUAUUCGAUAUGUCCGUCCAAAGAAGAAGGCGGAAUGCUCGGGUGGGUGAGGAAGGGGCAGAUGGUGCCAGAAUUUGAGGAGGCUGCAUUCGGUGCCCCGAUGAACAAAGUAGUCAGAUGUAAAACUAAAUUCGGGUGGCACUUGCUGCAAGUUCUCUCUGAGAGGGAAGAAUCUGUACUUCUAGAUAUUCAACCUGAAGAGCUGCAAGUCAAGAUGCAAGAUCCAAAAUUCGUUGAAGAGGCUCAGCUGAUUGAUGUUAGAGAACCUGAAGAAGUGGCCUUGGCUUCUUUGCCGGGAUUUCAGGUUCUUCCCCUCCGUCAGUUUGGGAAUUGGGGACCCGAAAUAACCACCAAGUUGGAUAGUGAUAAGGACACCUAUGUCAUGUGCCACCACGGAAUGCGGUCGUUGCAAGUCGCCAAGUGGUUGCAGACACAGGGUUUUAAGAGAGUAUAUAAUCUCUCCGGGGGAAUUCACGCGUAUGCUGUCAAAGCUGAUCCAUCAGUUCCGACCUACUGAGAAGGCCCUUUUCCUGUAUCCGAAAUUUUGUUUUAAGUUCCUAACUUUUUUUCUUUUAGGGUGUUAGGGUGAAAAAUUAUGCAGCAGCUGGGAAUCGAAUCUGGGUCUGUACCGUGGCAGGGUACUAUUCUACAACUAGACCACUGUGCUUGUUAAGUUCCUUACUUUAUUAUAUACUAUUCUCCCUCUUCUGUGA